GCAUUUCCACGUGACCAUGAGCACGUGACUCGGGGCUGCGGGACUCUGCGGUGUCUCCGGUGUCUCCGGUGCGCGGCGCAGAGGCACAAAGACAGAGACCAGUGAACGUGAACGAGGAGCCGAAGAGCGAAGAGGAGCCGGAGCUCAAAGAGGAGCCGGGUGUUCAGAUGGACCGGUCCAGCCCUGAGCCCAGAGUGAAGGAGGAAACCCCAGAGACUCCACAGAUUAAAGAGGAAGCAGAGGAACAGAGCCUCAAACAGGAACAAGAGGCGCUCCCAGAGUUCACUGUUGUGUGUGUGAAGAGUGAAGAACAGUCCUCACUGCUUCAACAAGGACAAACUGAGCCCAGAGAGGAAGCACAGGGAGAGCUCUGUGGAGGAGCACGAGCACACAUCAGCACAGCACACACACAUGGACAGGUCCACUCACACACUCACCUACAAACUCACAACUCUUCAGACACUGACUGUGAUGAAGAGCCUCCAGCCAGCACUUCAACUGCACACAUGGAGACAGAGGCUGACCACAGAGAACACUACGACCAAGGACAGAGACGAGACACAAGUCCAACUGAAUGUGAAACUAACCCAAAGGAAUGCCCCUUCUGUAGAAAGAAAUGCAGAACCAAACAGGAUUUACUGAGACACACAAGAGUUCACUCUGGAGAGAAACCUUACAGCUGUUCGGUCUGUAACAAAACUUUCACCCUCAAAUUUAACCUCAAAGUUCAUAUGAGGAUUCAUACAGACGAGAAACCUUUCAGCUGUCCAGAGUGUGGCGCCAAAUUCACCCAAAAGCAUCGUCUUACGGAGCACAUCAGAACACACACAGGGGAGAAACCUUACAGCUGUCCAGUUUGUAACCGAGGAUUUUCACGAAACGGAAAACUCAAUGAGCACGUACGGACUCACAGCACGGACAAACCAUUCAGCUGUACAGUCUGUCACAAAGGCUUCAGGCAGAAGGAUUACCUCAAAGAUCACAUGAGGAUUCACACAGGGGAGAGACCUUUCAGCUGUUCAGAAUGUCACGCAGAGUUCAGAUACCAAAGUAACCUGAAAUAUCACUUAAAAAUCCACGCUAAAGAAAACCCAUAGACUGUUUUUAAACUACCAAAUACAGUUGUUCCUGUCGACUGUUCACUGUCCUGAGAAACAACUGAGAUACGGCACUUUAAAGAGGGAGGACUGUGCAAAAUGUACUUUUUAAAAUCUUUCUCCCAUUUUCUAACAGUGUUUCCUCAUCAAAAACACGUCUGAAGAGGUUUUAAAUGUCACCCAUGUAUGUUUGAGUAAUCUAGCGAUCUCUCCUAGGCUCUAUUCAAACCCUCCUUACUGUUAGCUGUACAAAUCUGUACGAGGCUCCGCCCACAAGUCUACAUCACCCACGCUCCCACACGACAAUUCUCCAUAAAUAUACAAAAACAUGAUACAAAACUGUGCACUACGACUUCACAAACCUGGUGUGAUGUGCAGUAUUUGCAUUAGUGUGAUGCAGCUGAUUGUGUUGUGAUAGUGCUCUGAAGGGGGAGGGGCUUAGCACAGAGAGCAAAGAGAGGAGAGACUCAGAGCAUCAAAAACAAAAGUGAAACAUGUUCAGUUGUUUUGGGCGAAUGUAACAUUUUCAAAACAAUAAAAGGAAAAAUGUUGGUCUGAUGAUGUUAGAGUUAAAACUUCACACAAGUUUAAUAUUCACUCUUUAAGUGACUCAAACGUAUUAAAUGUUUCAAAUGUUAAAACAUAAAUCCAAACAAGUUCAAGAAGAAACUCUGUACAAGUGUUUGGAGUGAAAACUGUACUCGAGUACAUGUGCUGUUACUGAAAGUACUACUCAAAUACAGUAAAAAGAGUAAACUGAUCCAGUCUCUUUCACUUUAUUAAAACAAACAUCACAUCAUGGAGACGUUUAGUUUUUGUUUUAUAUUAAAAUAUGAACCUGAGGAGCUCAAAGUGUUGAACAGGACUGAAAAGUAAAAGUACUUUUCAUAUGAUUUUAGGGGUUAUUUGAUCACGCUCAUCCUGGGGAAAGUUUAAGAGUUAAAGCUUCAGCUUUGACCAAAACAAAAAUACAAAAUUAAGAAGAAAAAAUAAACUGAUUUGUUGUUGUUACUGUGGCCAAAAUGUGAAUAAUCCUGAAUGAAUCUCUACAUUUACACUUUAACAAAUGUGAGAUACUUUUACUUUUUACUCUUAAAGUGCAUUUAUAAACAAGUAUUUAAAUACUUUUACUAAAGGAGAUUGUUUCACGUGGUACUUUUACUUGAGUAUUUGUUUUUACCUCUGUACUUUUACUUGAGUAUUUGUUUUUACCUCUGUACUUUUACUCGAGUAUCACAGUGGAGUACUUGAUUCUGACGGGACCAAAGUGUAAAGUGAAUAUUCAUUUUCAUGAUUC